ACUCAAUGCGUCCUAUAUGUCUCAUUGAUUGAAGCUUAAAUCUAUUAUAAUGUAGGGUAUCCAAUGGGAGGUUAUAGUUGAAGCGGACCUCAUUGUGCAACUUGUUAUAGGGUAAAGCGUUGGGCAGGGAUUUGCAAGACAAAUAUGGUACAACAAAACAAACUAAUGAAGAUGGUAUUCUGCAGUGCUGAAAACAUUAAAAAUCUAUGGGAUACAUGGAAUAUCGAAGGACUGAUUAUUCUAAGCCUCUUGGUUCAAUCUUUCUUAAUUCUGUUUGCACUAUUGAGAAAACAAAAGGGGGGAAAAUGGAUCGUCAUGAUUCCUAUCUGGUUGGCAUACUUGCUUGCAGACUGGGUUGCUACAUUUACAAUUGGACUCAUCUUACGGGCUGAACCUAGUGACAUCUUGGUAUUUUGGGCACCCUUUCUUUUGUUACAUCUUGGUGGCCCCGAUAUUAUUACUUCCUUCUCUAUGGAGGAUACUGAGUUCUGGAUCAGACACUUACUUGGACUUGUGUUGCAAAUUGGUUCAACUAUAUAUGUUAUCCUUCAGUCACUCCCCCAGAACAAGCUUUUGCUCCCAACCUUCCUCGUGUUAAUUGCAGGCACAAUCAAAUAUGCAGAACGGAAUCGUGCUUUUUAUGUUGCAUGUUUUGACCAUUUUGGUGAUAAUUGGCGGACCCACCAUUGGCCGAUGAUUGGCAAGCACUCACCGUUUGGUUAUUUGUUUUAUGGCAGGUUUCCAAAUCAAUUUCUUAAUACAAAAUUUUUCUGUAGAGAUGGGAUAUUUGCUGUGUUUGGCAUUUUCAAGAGCCUACUGGUAGGUCCUCGUAUGCCUUCAGAACAAAAAGGUUUUGUUUUAUCAACAAUAAAUCGUUCAAAUUCAGGUGAAGUGCUAAGUUGCUCACAUUCAAGUGAAGUGCUUCAAAACAUAGAGAUCAGUUUAAGCCUCUUGUACGAGCUCCUUCAUACCAAGUUACCUGUGGUUGAUUCCAAGAUUGCAUACUUUCACCGCAUAGCUAACUUUGGUUGCAUCUUGGGAGCUCUGUUGUUAUUCUCAAUGCUUAAGAAGCACUACAAGUUGGGGGAGUUUGACACCUGGCUGACCUAUGGGUUGCUCACUGGGGCCUUGGCGUUGGAUUUAAUUUCCGUUAUAUCUCUCGUCAUGUUCUCUGAUUGGAUUUGUUUUGGUCACGACGAGAAUGUGGAAUCCCAAAAGCACAACAAGCGUAGAAUCCGAAGCGCCAUAAAAAGAAUCCGAUGUGUGUCUUCCAAGGAUUUCAAAGCGGACCAAGAGUGGCACUUCAUUUUUAGAGAACUGCUGGAACCAGUGCUAAAUCCUAUUGCAGAUAAUGAACGGGGAAAGAGAAAGGAAAUUGAUGCUAAGAGAUAUGGUGGAAUUCUCCAAGAUAGUGGCAAUCUCAAUUGGAGCAUCAAGAAGUUUGAAUACAUAGAAAGCCUUUUGAUGUGGCACAUAGCCACUGAAAUAUGCUACCUAAGUGGUCAUCCAAGUAACCACUGCGCCAGCUCUACCUCCACGUCUGGGAGUCUUAAUCACCGAGAAAUAUGCAAGGAGUACAUUCCAGCGUUGCGACGAAACGGAAGUGGCCAGAUGAAAAGGGAUUCACAGAAACAUCCGUUGUAAGUCUGGACAAGCUGUUGAACAAAGAAAAAAUGGAUGUGGAAAUGUUAUUGAGAAAAAUAAACCCAGAUAUGGACA